AGCGUUGUUACUUUGCGCUUCUUUCAAAAUUAAAUUAUUUCGAAGAUUUACAGGCGUGAUGUUUGUUAAUACUGCUCUAAAGGCACUUUAAGAAUAAUAGAGAAUUAAGGAUAUGGAUGCUUUUAGUCAUUUGAAAGUUAAACCAGUUUGUAAACCUGAUGUUCAUUUAAAAAAAUCAAGGAGAAGAAUAUUUAAUGAAAAUUCUAUACGAUUAUCGUAUUCCUUUGGAUAUCAAAGCGAAAUAUGUCAUAACAUAGCUGUUUUAAAUGAACCUAUCAUUAUAAUUAUUGCUGGCAACUAUUUGAAUUUUCUUGAUAUAGAAACUAUGAAAGAAACUUUCCUGCCUUCUUUACAUGGAGCAGGUUUUGGUGCUAUUGAAACUUAUCCACCAGAGUUUAUAUUUGCUGUUGCUGAAAGGGGUGAAAAUUUGUGCAUUAACAUCUACAUGUAUCCUGAUUUAAAACCUUUCAAAACUUUAAAACAUGAAGUUACUAUAAUGCCUUCAAGACUUAUAAAGUUUCAUCAAAAUGGUGAACUUUUAAUUUCUGCAAGUGAUGAUCCAGAAAAUAAAGUUAUAAUAUAUCUAUGGAAAAAAGAACUAGUAUUGUAUGAUGCAAAUGUGACUUAUCCUGUUUAUGACAUUCAUUAUGCAAGUUGGGAUUUCAGUGUCUUUGUGACAUCUGGCAUUGGCCAUGUUAGGAUUUGGAAUCUUGAUAUUAUGAGAGAUGACGUAGGUGACAUAAGUAAACUGACUGCAGUUCAGGAAGAAAAACGUCUGCAAGAAAGUUCAAAAUUAAGCAUUUACUGCACUGUUUCUCUCCAUGAACAAAUG